UAGAUGAUCAGGCAUGUCUUUGACACUCAGGAGUUUUAAUCUCCUGCUAAAUGUGAUGGUGUGAAUCCUUUUAAUUUCCCUUUUGUUUAGUUAGAGGUAGUUUUCAGUUGAAACAGUAGUGGUUUAUUGGUGGCAUUAUGAAAAGUUAAAACAGGAUCUGGAACAUCCCCACCUACGCUGUCAUCUCUGCUGUCACAGAUAGUGAGCGCUGAAAAUAAAUUUAUUUGCCAACAAAAUGGAACAAAAAGUAUUUGUUAGUGUUUGAGUCUGCUCUGAAACGGGGCAGCUGUAAAGCUAUGGAGCCCACUGUGAGUCCUACCUAUUUUUAUGCAAAGAAAUCAAAUUACAAGUAACCUGAUAAGAAGUUAAACAUGGCAGCCUGAUGGCUUUAAAUGCAAACAUCCCAAAAAUGCCAAACUGAUUAUUUAUGAGAUCUUACUUCUUUUUCUCAUUUUGUAAUCAUAAACUGCCAUUACCUAUUUUGGGUUUUGAUGUCAUCUUCGGUGCAACUGAUGAUCAAGGAAGUAAAUAGGUGAGGAGUCUGAGUUGUUGGCUUUGACUCUGAGGAGGCAGCGGGCGAUCAGGCCACAACUCACACUUCAGACUGAGCUGAAGACCUGUGGUGUCGAAGGAGAGAAGGUCAAACACCUGGAGGAGAAAGGAAACUCACACUCCCCCACACACACACUGAAGACUCAACAAGGGUGGAAAGCUUUUUGGGCUUUGGACUCAGUUACCCCUUGUGUGAUUUUUGAUUUCAGGAUCCAUUUUUUUGGAGUGACUUAUACCCACACAGUGGAAAUAAACAGAAAGCAUUACGGACUAUAAUUUUGGGGAAAUACUUGUACAAAGUUGGGCAUUUUUUUUUCUUUUUUUGUCAAGAACAGGGAUAUUGAGCAACUCUAAUGGACUCAAACGUGGAAAUAAGAAAUACUGUUCAAUUUACAAAGAGAAGUUUAAGUAUUGAAGUAAGAUUAUAUUGAAGAUCCCCAAGUUCAGAUUGCCUUAGUUGUUCUGUUUCAGGACUUGAACCGCUUUGAUACUUGUUCACAUAUAAUUUUUCUAUAUUGUGGACAAGUAUAUUCAUGCAUAUGAAUGCAAAUUUCUCUUCAUUUUGAAGAGCUCUUGUGUAAAAAGUUUUUCUUUUUCUUUUUUUGGUUGUUGUUUUGUGUACGUCAGUCACUCUGUUGUUGAAGGGGACCGAACUGCACGUACGUGUGUAUAUGUAAAUACUACGAAUCCACUUCUGUCGUCAGCUUUGGACUUAAAACAAAAAAAGAGAGAGAAUAUCAUUUGUUAAUGCUUUAUUAAACUUUUUUACAUCUGAAGAGAAUUUUUAAAAAUUAAACCUAAGACGCAAAAAUCUAAUACUUCAAAGGACAGAAAAAAAGAAGACAAAAACAGGGAAAAUGGCAACCGCCAGAACAGAAAAUGUGGGCCCGGUCGUCAUGGGACUGAAUAAGCAGAACGGGCAGCUCAGAGGGCAGACCAAACCAGCUGCAGUCCAGCCAGCACCAACAACUCAAGUAAAGACUUUGGGUGCUCCCCAGAAAGCAGGAGGAGCCUCUCAGGACGGAGGUGGUAUUAAGUUUGGAGAUGACUGGAAAAAGAGCCUACAGCUCCCUCCCAAAGACAACAGGGUCAAAACCUCAGAUGUGACGUCCACAAAGGGGAAUGAGUUUGAAGAUUAUUGUCUCAAAAGAGAACUCCUGAUGGGCAUCUUUGAGAUGGGUUGGGAGAAACCUUCCCCUAUUCAGGAGGAGAGCAUUCCCAUCGCCCUGUCUGGACGGGACAUUCUGGCCCGAGCCAAGAAUGGAACAGGGAAAAGUGGAGCCUAUCUCAUCCCACUGCUGGAAAGGAUAGACCUGAAAAAGGACCACAUACAGGCCGUUGUCAUGGUGCCCACUCGUGAGCUGGCACUACAGAUGAGCCAGAUCUGCAUCCAGCUCAGCAAACACCUGGGAGGAGUCAAAGUCAUGGCCACCACCGGGGGCACCAACCUGAGAGAUGACAUCAUGCGUCUGGAUGAGACUGUGCAUGUGGUCAUCGCCACGCCUGGCAGGAUCCUGGACUUGAUAAAGAAGGGAGUGGCAAAGGUGGAUAAAGUCCAGAUGAUGGUGAUGGAUGAGGCGGAUAAGCUGCUGUCUCAGGAUUUUGUGGUGCUCAUUGAAGAUAUUAUUAGUUUCCUGGCCAAGAACAGACAGAUCCUGCUCUACUCUGCAACCUUCCCCAUCAGUGUGCAGAAGUUCAUGGCCAAGCACCUUCAGAAGCCCUAUGAGAUAAACCUGAUGGAGGAGCUGACUCUGAAGGGCAUUACUCAGUACUAUGCCUACGUCACAGAGAGGCAGAAAGUUCACUGCCUCAACACACUCUUCUCCAGGCUUCAAAUCAACCAGUCAAUCAUCUUCUGUAACUCCACUCAGAGAGUGGAGCUCUUGGCCAAGAAGAUCACUCAGCUGGGCUACUCCUGCUUCUACAUCCACGCUAAAAUGAUGCAGGAAUACAGAAACCGUGUGUUCCACGACUUCAGAAAUGGACUGUGCAGAAAUCUGGUGUGCACUGAUCUGUUCACCAGAGGAAUUGACAUUCAGGCGGUAAACGUGGUUAUCAACUUCGACUUCCCGAAGAACGCCGAGACUUACCUCCAUCGUAUUGGAAGAUCAGGGCGGUUUGGUCACCUGGGCUUGGCCAUCAACCUGAUCACAUCGGAGGAUCGCUUCAACCUGAAGGCCAUUGAAGACCAGCUGGUGACCGACAUUAAGCCCAUUCCCAGCAGCAUCGACAAGAGCCUCUAUGUGGCCGAGUACCACUCAACUAGCGGGGAUUGUGACGUGGAGGAGGUCGAGGAGAAGCGCCAACAGGACAGCACCUAAAACAGGACGCUGAGACACACCGGGCUUUUGCACAGACAUCAGCGCUUGCACGCAGGCUUCAGGCAACUCUUCAUUUUCACAUUCGUCACUUGUUUUCAGAGCCUGUGGAAAGGAUGUCUUUAAAAAAGAAAAAAAAAAAUCAAACAAAAAAAAGAAACAAAAGGCUGUUUUUAUUUUGGAGCAUUUCCUUAGCUUUUCCUCAACAAGAGCUGCCUCAUUAUUUUAUACAUUUAAAGGUUUAAAGUGUGUUUUGCACCAAGCUGGCAUUGCGAGCAAGCUUAACGUUUCCUACAAUUGGAGAAAUGAGCUGUUUUGAACCCGUCGCCUUUGGAGACAGUUUUCACUUCCAGCAGCAAAGUUGGUCUAUUUUGGGGGGGUUUUGUUGUUUUUUUUUGGGUUUUUUUUGUUUUUCUUAAAGUGGUGCACUUACACCAGCCAUCACUCUGUCCACUCACACUGCUGUGGUCACUUAAGUGCCUUACUUGACUCCCGUGUGCACUCAUCCAUUCAUAGCCUGCUGCCGACUGUCACGCAGCAGAGUACGAGCACAAAGACGAAUCAAUAGUAACCCGAGUUUAUUGAAACUUUAUUCAUUAUGCAAAGGAAAAAGGACAACACACACUGCUCUCCCGCUGAGAGUUGUGCAGAAACACGGCUCAAAACCAUCCUGAAUGUGAACGUUUGUUUUUAAUGUGAACGUUGCAAUAAAAAAAUAAAAAAAAUAAGGGCAGCUUUAUUUAAAUACUACGUGACUGUUUUUCCCUUCCACCAUGAAUAAAACAUGAGCAGAGCUAAUGUGAGAAGACGGCCCCUGUACUGAUUCGUAGACUAUGUUGGCCUGCAGAUACACACAAGCAGCAUGGGAGAUGAAUAGCAGCUUCAUUAAAUUAAAGCUGCUGUUCUUUUACAGUUAAGAAAAAUAUAUAUAUAUAUUGGCUGGUAAAUAGUGUAAAUCUAUUGGUCGCUGUAGCUGCUGGAUGAAAAUGUUUUCUUUUCCUGUAAAGGAUGAUGCAUUCAAGACUCAUUCAAAACAGCUGAUAAAUGAGCUUCAGCAAUGUCCACGAUUGGUGCAAAACAACACUUUUAACUUUUUCUUUCCCCACACAGCUUCUGUUUUUUGUUUUUUGGGGGGUUUUUUAAUCGAGGUAACACACGGUGGAAAUAUGUUUUUAAACCCUCAUGACAAAAUUAACGUUGGUGAAUGUAUUCGUUGCCAAUAAUAGCUGUGCAGCCCAGUGGUUUAAUGCCAAGCUCUUCACGUUGCUGCUGCAGUAGAGGCUCCGCUUCAGGCUUUGCUUUAAUGAAAUAUAAACUGGAUGUGAGCUGGUUUCAUGGACCGCUUAAGGAUGAAACCUCCUCAGUCUUUAAGAGACCACGUAUAAAGUCAAUUGGAAACAACUAAUUCUGUUUUUUUUCUCGUGCAGCAACGAUUUUUUUUUUUUUUUUUUUUUUUCUCUCCACGGCGCACACAUUUUUAAAAAAAAAUGUGACAUUUUUUGUGAGGGGUAGAUUUCUUUUAAGCAAACUUGUAGCAUCUUUGAACAGGCAGCUGGUGUUUUCUUUUUUUUUUUUUUUUUUUUUUUUUUUUUUCUCCCGCC